UCAAAAUAUCGUUUUCAUAAGCAAAGUUACUGAAUAAUUCUAGAAUAAGAAACCAAUAAGAGCUAUAAGAUACGAAGAAGAUGUAAUAUAUUUUGACAGCCAGAUUUACCAGUAAAAAUUAUAUAUGCCCAGAGUCUACAUAAGGUUAUAUUCAAUACAUUCUUUCCUUUCCAUAUAAUUUUCGAUAAAAAAUUAUUAAAAUAAAUGUUAUCCUACUGCCUUAAAAAUUUUUCUGUGCACAUCUUCCAACUUUUAUUUCUAUGGUUUCACAACAAUGAACGGCAACACUGUUCUACAUUUAUGGUUAUAAAUAAAAAGCAAAACAUAUUCCCAAACAAAACAUGGAUUAUAUAGAAAGAGCUGUUUGUGACCCAACUAAAUGUUUUUUAUGUGACAAAACCUUCACUAUAGGUGAAACAGAAUUUAUAGGAAAAGGCAUACCGCAUUUAAUAAAUGCAAGUAAAUUGAAAAACGAUGGAAAACAUGAACUUCUUAGAGACGUCGAAGUGAUCCAAGUACACAAAGCUUGUAAAAUCAACUAUCUACAGAAAGAAACCCCAAAGAUUGUUUCAGACAAAAAAUCAAUGGAGAAUGUAACAAAAAUAGAGGAAAAAAAGGUGAUGACAGACUUUGAUUUUAAAAAUAAUUGUAUUCUAUGUGGACAACCAGUAAAUGAUCAAGUAGACUCAAGACCAUUUCAAUUAUGUACAACUACUAAUUUGAAAGAUAGGAUUAUAGAGAAAGCUCUUUACAAACAAGAUGAUUAUAGUCGUAAAAUAGUAGACCGUAUAAAAGAUGCUAAUUUAAUAUUGAUAAAAGCAAUUUAUCAUGAAGAUUGUUAUACUACAUUAGUACAAAAGUCUCCUACUACUAGAAAAAAAGGACGACCAGAAGAUAAAAAUAUAGUUCUAGCUUUUGAAAAGGUAUGUGAUUAUAUUAAUGAAUCUGAUGAAAGACAGUUCACUCUAAGAGAACUUCUAGAACGAGUACAAGAUAAUCUACCGAAUGAAGGUACUAUAUCUAUGAAAACAUUAAAGAUGAAGCUACAGAAGAAAUAUGGUGAUGGUAUUGUUUUUGCCACAAGUUUUAUUAAACCAUCUUCCAUCUAUUUCUUAGAUUCUGGAGUCAAGCAUCGUGAAGAAUUGAGAAAUGAGAAAAAGAGAAAAUUAAGAUAAGAUUAUACCACAUAAGUAACUUAAUACUUUAUUGCUUUAUAUAAACAUGUUUUAAUGAAAAUUUAGUAUAUUGAAAACCGAAAGUUUUCAACUUAUAUAUUUGAUAUGAGAAAAUAGAUUGAUUUUUAUUGUCUACUUAUGUAUUGAUUUCGCAGUCAAGAUAUAAGUGAUAACCCUUAUCAGAACAGAUUUCAACUUUUAAUUGUAUACCAUGAUAAUGCAUUCUAAAGAUUUACUUAUUCAUCAAUUUUGUUGAAUAAGUGAUUAUAAGUAUAAAUGCUAGAUAUCAAUUGGAUAGAAGGCUUCAAAGACCAGGUAAUGGAAGUUACUGUUGGUGUAGUUGUAGUGGAUAAUUUUAUUUGCUCCAUAAGCCUCAUAAACCAUUCUUAGGUUUAAGAUUAUAACACUUUGGACUAAGUGGAAUGGGAGAGAUCAUGAACGUGAUUGUUGUGGGUGCUUAGUGAAAUGCACUCAUACUGAUGUAUCGAUGUAUAUAUUUCCAAGUAUUCAAAAGGUAUAAAAAUCAAUAUUUAUUAUGAUCAAAGAAUUAUAAAAAGGAAUACUUUUUUAUAAUAAAUACAUUUAGAACAUAGACGUAGAGGACAACUUUCGCCUGAACACAGAUCCAUCACCACCACAAAAUCGAAACUCAGAAAAUUCUUCGCCGUUGUGGUUGGACAUGAAAAAAUUACCAUGAAUAUUGCUGCAUCGUCAGCAAACUCCAGUUUACUUUCAACCAGUGAUGACAGUGUUACCAACACUCAAAAAUUGAUCUCCCUAUAGCCCCGAUCAAAACCUCCUAAAUUCUCUACAAUGUUUAAUUUGUCGUGUGUAUUUUAUGUUUGUUGCUGUAAUAUGAUAUUAUGAUUGAUUUAUUUGAGUUCUAUAUUUUUUCUAUUCAAUGUAUUGAAAAGGUAUAAAAAUCGAUAUAUUUUAUGAUUAAAUACUGAUGACAGUGUUAA